CACCACCUCUGUUUAUGCCAGGAAUAGUUCCAAACACAAGCCACUUUAACCAGGCUUAGUGACCGGCUCACCCCUGAUGGGAUCUUCGCUUCAGAAUCGUCUUGAUUUUGCAGGCUAUUCGUGUGGCCAGGUAGAAAUAGUGAUGGCGUUAAUUCAAGAUAGACUCGUUAGAGAGGAAUUUUAAACUUAUUAUUCACCUUCCCCUCAACUUUUUAAGGCUACACACCAACGAUAUGUUAUCGGUUUUGUGCGGAGCGUUGUGUGUUUGUGUGCUGGGCUGUGGUCGAUUUGCAAUCGGACAAGCAGACGAUGGAAAGCGAUAUAUUUGCCGGGCAGUACCGCUCAGCGGCGAUGCCAGUUGCCCCGUGACACUGUUGCCUGAACUCAGCGUCGGGAGCCAGGAAGAGGAACUUAGAAACACCGUCAUGCAGCUACGAGAGACGAUUUUGCAACAGAAAGAAACCAUUUCCAAACAGCUUGGCACCAUCAACGAACUAACCACAAAACUGUCCCUCUGCGUCUCGGCCACCGACAACGAGAACUACAAGGGGGGUUCUUGGGGCAAAGAGAAGCAAAACACGAUGGGGGAUGUUCCCAGAGACCCCAAUGACACAAUCGACAGUCUUGGGAAGACCAUGCAGGGGCUCAAGGACCGGCUGGAAAACCUGGAGCAACAGCAGAUGAGGGCCAACGUGUCAGGAAGUGCAUUCCCCAGCGAAUUUCGGGACCUGCUGCAGCGUCGAUUAGGGGAGUUGGAGAAACAGCUUCUGAAGAAAGUCAGUAACCUGGAGCAAGAGAAGAGCAUCCUGUCCAAUGCUACAGCUGCCUACAGGCUGAAGACAGAGAGCACGCUCAAUGCCCUGGUGGAGAGGAUCAGUGAGCUGGAGAAAGGAGGUGGGGACUUUAAGUCCCCAGAGCAGUUUAAAGUGUCUCUGCCCCAAAGGACCAACUACUUAUUCGGCCGCAUCACUAAGACCCUUCCAGAGAUGUAUGCCUUCACACUGUGCAUGUGGAUAAAGUCCAACGCCAGCCCCGGCAUAGGGACGCCCUUUUCCUACGGGGUGCCAGGUCAAGCGAAUGAGAUUGUGUUGAUUGAAUGGGGCAAUAACCCAAUAGAGCUGCUCAUUAAUGACAAGGUUGCACAGCUGCCCUUGGAGGUGCGUGAUGGACGGUGGCACCACAUCUGCAUCGCCUGGACCACACGAGACGGCCAGUGGGAAGCUUACCAGGAUGGUGACCGGCUAGGUGGUGGAGACAACCUGGCAGCGUGGCACCCCAUCAAACCGGGGGGAGUCAUUAUCCUGGGGCAGGAGCAGGAUGUGGUGGGAGGGCGCUUUGAUGCUGGACAGGCCUUUGUGGGCGAGCUGAGUCAGGUGAACAUUUGGGACCGGGUUCUGAAGCCAGCCGACAUCCAGUCUAUGGCCAACUGUAGCUCAUACAUCCCCGGGAAUGUGAUUUCCUGGCUAGCAAGCAAUGUUGAUGUUUUCGGGAGAGGGGCCUUCAAACGGCCCGUGGAGACGUGUCUCGAGCGGCUGCCCAACGCUUAAUAACCCUGAGAUGCCUGUCUGCUUCUCAUGUAAUUAGACAGCCUUUCUGUACAUUCAGCACUUUUCCUCAUCGUCCGCUUUCGCUUUGCUAACGUUCGGAGACCUAAUGUUAAACACAGGGUGUUACGGUGACGCUUUAUCAGCUCUGCACAGAGAGAUAGUUGGGGUUCGUGAAGCAGAUGACAGUUUGUAACUCUCUCAGAUCUGUAGCAUUGAAUGUAGGAACACACCAAAGUGCACACUCUGACUAAUUGCACAUUCUUUAUGUAAGAUACUUUAAAAAUGGAUACUGAUGUCAGUACACAGUACCCCUCAGGUAUUAUCACUAACCAAGCCCCCUCCUCACUGUUUGUGAAUACAAACUGAAGCCUGGCACAUAUGCACUAUUAGAAUGUGAUCUGGUGCUGCAUACUGUGUGGGAGGCAGGAUUAAAGGUCUGGCUAAUGUUGCUCAAUUAGGGAAUGGGCUUAAAUCCAACAUCAAGCAAACCUCUGAUUCUUACAUGGUCUGUCAUUUAAAGAGGAAAGUGCAGUCAGUCAUUAUAAGUUUGCAGGCACUUGAUUACAGCGAUCUGUUGUAACUGUCGAGUAACAGCAAUUUGUUUAAACCAUAGUGAAAGUAUAUUCAUAGCUGAGUGGAUAUUUUGCACUGUGAUUUGAAAUAGCAUCACAGAGAAUUUUAAAAGUUAAAAUUGAAUGUACUGGUCCAGUAAGUUUUGUAUGUAUUGGUGUGAUAGUGGCUUUGUUUAAAGAAUGUUACUUAAUAAUUGAUUUUUGUUCUAAGAACAUGAAUCUGUCAAUGCCCACCUUGUCUUGUGGCCUUCUAAUGUGUAAUGUACGUGCCAUAAUUGUUUUUCUUUGCCUAUAAAUGAAAAUGUAGAUAACAAGUAAAACUACAGCUGCAAAAUGAAUCCUUAAUAAAGCUUUGUGUUAUCUGACAA